AUGCUUUCGGGUAGUUUACUUAUAUUGAAAAUAUGUUUGAUUUUUCAAUUGUUAUACGAUGCAACGCCAAUUGAUUUGAAUAUAAAUGAAGAGAAAAAAGUGGAAAAAUUUCUUCCUUUAAUCGCAUUUAAAUGUGGUUAUCGAAAUAAGUUUUUAUCAGAAAAUGGUGAAUGGAUUACUGAUAAAAAUAAAUAUGCGACUUGUUUAAGUGGUAAACUGGAUAUACUUAAAUAUUGCCGAAAGGUUUAUCCAAAAUUGGAUAUUUAUAAUAUCGUUGAAUACAAGCAUAAUGUAAAGAUUUCAUCAUGGUGCCAUGAAGAAGGAUUUCCAUGUAAAUGGACAUUUACGGUUCAACCAUAUCGUUGCAUUGUUGGUGAAUUCCAAUCGGAGGCGCUUCAAGUGCCUCAAAAUUGUCGAUUUUUGCAUGAUAGCCAUUCAAGAAAAUGUGAAGGGCCUGAUUAUUGGAAAAAUGUUGCCGAUAAAAAGUGCACUUCAAAGAUUCUCGUAAAUAAGCAAUCAGCAUUACACUCAUAUUCAUUGCUCGAACCAUGUGGGCUUGAUAUGUUUACUGGAGUUGAAUUUGUUUGUUGUCCAGCUGAUAAAUAUAUUGUCGGUUCUAAAAUCACUAAAAGUGAUAAAGUUGAUAUCGAUGAAGAUGAGGAUGAUGAAGAAGAAGACGAUGAAGAUGAAUAUGAUGAUGAUUACAGCGAUGAUCAUGACGAUGGCACCAUGGCUGCAGGUUUUUUUAAUUGUCAAGAUUUUUUCAAUAAUCGUAAAAAAAUAAAGGAUUUGGAUAAGGCAAUUUCAGAUAAUACCAGAGAUAAUUACCAAGAUCCAUAUUAUAAAAUUUCUGAUCCUGCGAACGAACAUGAACAUUUUAAAGAUGCUCAGCAACGCCUAGAAAAACGACAUCGUGCGAAAAUAAAUAAGGUAAUGCGUGAAUUAGCCGAACUAGAAAACAGGUACGAAAAUAUGAAGAAAAAAGAUCCGAAAGGUGCUGAAGUUUUCAAGAAGGAAAUGUCCCUACGAUUCCAGAAAACGGUUGCGUCUCUUGAAGAAGAAAAUAAGGAACAGAAGAAGCAAUUAGAAGACGUUCAUGAAGAGCGCGUACAAGCACAUUUGAAUGAAAAAAAACGUCAAGCUACCCAUGACUAUCGUACUGCAUUGGCUGUUCAGGUUGGCAAGAAUAAUAAACAUAAAAUUUUGAAAACUUUGAAAAUAUAUAUUCGAUCAGAAGAAAAGGAUCGAAUGCAUAUGAUCAAUCGAUAUCGACAUCUUCUUCGAACUGAUCGAGAUGAAGCUGAUGUUUAUGAAAAAAUACUCGCUCAUCAGUUGCGUUAUAUUGACUUACUUGAAUUUUGGUCGGAAUACAGGCGGGAAAAUACGCCUGAAAUAACUGAUGAAAAAUUCAUAUUAAUUGGUGGAGAUGAACAAAAUGCUAAAUUGAUAAAGUUUUACAAGGAUUCAUAUGAUCGCCUUCAUAAUUACAAACCUUCAACGAAAAGAACUAUUGCUUCGCCAACAACAAACAUCUCUCCAACGAAUAUUGGAGAAGAGGAUGAUGAUGCUGAUGAUGAUGAUGAUAGUGCUGAUGAAAGUGAAGAUAACAUCGCUGGUAUAAUUGACAAUAAAAAUUCAAAUAAAAAAGAAUUGCGCAUUGAAGUCGAUUCAGUCCCAAAUCAUUUGCUUGAAUUAUCGUCAGCUCACCAGUCUUAUGCUAAACACUCACCUCUUGUGCAUGAUAAAUCAAUAAUUAAUGCAAAUAUAGUUGAUGUAGUUCAUUAUUACACUUCGAAUUUUGGCAAUAUUACACAUUUGAUUAUAAUUCUGGCUGCAACAACUUCAAUAAUUUUUGUUCUAAUCGGUUAUAUAAUGAUGCGUAAGCGUUCGGUACAUCAGGGUUUUAUUGAAGUGGAUGUUUGCACUCCCGAAGAAAAACAUUUGAAUUGUAUGCAAGUGAAUGGAUAUGAGAACCCAACAUAUUCUUUUUUCGAUAAUAAACAAUAA